AUGUUCGCAAAACUAAAAGAAAACUUUAAUGCCUCGCAGCAAGGUCUGCAACAGCGUUUACAGCAGGGUGUUGCCAAGGCUGGACAUGCUGAGUCCACGACGGGACGAACGUCGCUGCAGAUUGAGCACCGGGGUAGUAUGGAGAGGGAGGACAUUGUGUUCGACGUAAGUGAGGAUGAGGAGGAGGAAGGUGCUGAGGGCGAGGGGAUGAAGGAAGAAGAGGAGGGGCUGAACGCGGAAGUUAGGAGGAAAUUGAGGAAGUUGGAGAAGUUUGAGACGAGAUAUCCAGCCCUCGUCAACGCAUACAAACAGACAUCUUCCCGAUCAACAGCUGUCUCGGCAUUCGAGAAAGCCCUCCAAGAGAUCACACCCGUCUCUUCCAUCUCAGACGUCGAUGCAUUCCGAGAGUAUCUUAACAACAUUACUCUUCGCUCCGACAUGGUCAUGGAAGAACUGAAGAAAAUCACGAAGGAACGCGACGACGUUAGGGCGAAGAUGGUAGAGGAGGGACACAAGCACGCCGAGGAGAUCGACAAACUAAACGACAAGAUCGCGGAGUUGGUCGCCGAAAAGCCCCCUGAGACAGGAGAGGGCAAGGAGGAUGUUGAGGCAAAGGUUAAGGAGGUCGAGGAGGAGAGGGAUGCAUUGAAGGCUGAACUCGAGGGCGUGAGAGCGGACUUGGGUAAGGCUAAGGGCGCUGAAGCAGAGGCCACGGACCUGAAGAGGAAGGUCAUCGGUCUCGAAGCUGAGCGUACUGGUCUUCUUGCUCGUCUUGAUCGCGCGCAGUCCGCAAAUGAAACCUUGACGGAGGAAAUCGCUACGAAGCUCUCUUCAGCCGACCAAUCCAAGAAGAGCAUUAGGGCGGACUUACAGGCCAAGAACAGCAAAAUCGCCGAACUCGAGGCUGAAUGCGAGCAGCUGAAGAAGGAGGUCGGUAUUUGGCGGAAUGCGGGCGCGUCGGAGACUGCGAAGGACGAGGAGAUGCCCGGCACUGGUGCGAGCAGCGAGACAGUACAGCCGGAUAGUCCUACUACGCCUACGGUACCUACCAGCGGUUCAAACAAGAAAAAGAAGAAGAAGAAGGGGAAGAAGGGGGGUGCGCAGGCGAAUGGUGGCGAGGAGGUGGAGAAGGCGGAGAAGGUUAGUGAGAUGGUCGAGGAGCCUGCGUCUCCAGCGCCUGCCCCCGAGGACACUCAGGACUUGAAGACACAGUUGACGCAGAAGAAUGAGAAGGUCAAGGAACUUCAGGAGAAGGAAGGAAAGUUGAGAAGCAUCUUGGGCGGAUUGCAGAACUUGCUUGACCAGGCACGCAAAGACAAGGUCAGCGCUGAGGAGAAGUUGAGUGCGUUCUCGACGACUGCGGAUGAAGUUGAGGAGACGAAGGAGAUGUUGAAGAAUGUCGGAGGGGAGUUGGUUGAGGCAAGGAAGAAGAUCAAGGUGGUUGUUGCGGAGAGGGAUGUGGCAAGGGAUGAACUUGUUGCUGCGAAGGAGGAGGUUGAGGAGAUCAAGGCGAAGGGAGGCGAUACGACAAGAAAGGUGGAGGAGUUGGAAGCGAAAUUGAAGACAGCUGAGGAUGAGGCGAAGAAGGCGAAGCAGCAGGCUGAUCUUGGUGAGGAGACGCUCAAGGCUGUGGAGGACGAGCGCGAUGCACUUUCUCAGCACCUCAACAUCUUGGGGAAGGAGCUGGACGAUAGCAAGGAGCUCGCUCAGGGCCGUGAGGAUGAGAUCAAUGCGGCUAAGACGUCCAUGGCAAACGCCAUUACUGAGUUGGAGAAGCUGAGGGAGGAGGCAUCGACGCACGCCGCGGAGAAGGAGCAGUUGACAGACGUCCAACAGAAGAUGGCGAAGGUGGAGAAGAGUGAGAGAGAUCUCAGGGCGGAGGUGAAAACCGUCCGGGAUAAGUUGUCCAGCACGGAGAAGGAGUUAGAGAGGGUGAAGAAGUCGCUUAACCAGAAGGAGACUCAGGCGAAGGAAUUGGAUAAGGAGUUAACGAUUGUGCAGUCUGCACUCAAGGACCAGAGGGGAGCGCGUGAACGUGCUGAGCGUGAUCGUGAGAAUGCGUCGAAAGAGGUUAGGACUCUUCGUGAGAGAGUCACGUCAUUGGAGAAUGUUCGUUCCGCGCUCACGAGUGAACGUGAUGAGCUCCAGGAGGAGUUGCAGGUUAACGCUGCAAAGUAUGAUUCAACUCAGUCGUUGAUGGAUUCUCUGAGGGAGCAGACUACGGAGCUUACUCACCAAGCACGCGAAGCCAAGGAGCGCUGCGAGGCUGCUGAGGAGGAGUUGGCGGAGGCCCAUAGGUUGUUGCAGGAGCGUGCGCAGGAAGCGGAGAGUAUGCGCCGACUUGUUGCUGACGCCGAAUCGAACCAAUCCGGUAAGGUUGAGGAGUUGGAGGCGAAAUUGAAGGCCGCGCUGGAGGAGCGGGAUAAGGCCGAGGAAGAGCUCGCGCAGGCGGGACGUAAGAAGGGGAAGGAGUUGGAGGAGGUGAAGAGGAAGUUGGGCGAUGUUGAGGCUGCGUUGAAGAAGAGUCAGGAGGUGCAUGCUGAUUGUUUGAGCACGAUUGAGAACCUCAAGAAGGACAAGGACGAAGCGGCUAAGAAGGUUGAGGAAGUCAUGAGGGAGAGGGAUGAGUCGAAGAAGCUCUUAGAGAACUUGGAGACGUCGAGGACUGAGGCUGAGAACGAGUUGAGGCAGUUGGAACAGUACCAGGUAUCAUUGAAGAACAAUGCGGAGGAGUCUCGGAGAAGGUUCGAGGAUUUGCAAAAGUCUUAUCAGAAUACCAUGAAUGAACUGCAACGACUGAAGGAGAUGCAACACCCCGCCGGUGAAGGAUCAUCGUCUGGGGCUGGUGGAUCCUCAUCAUCUGACCAGGCAGGUUCGUCAUCGUCCGCCAACGGCAAGGGGAAGCAGAAUGUCCAUAUUCAGGAGUACGCUGACAGCCCUGUCAUCGACCGGGAAUACAUGAAGGCAGUACUGAUGCAGUUUUUGCUGCGGAAGGAGCAACGGCAUAUGAUGAUUCCCAUCAUUGGCUCAUUACUGGACUUUUCCACGGAGGAGGAACAGAGAUGCGUCGCGGUCGAGACGGAACUAUAA